CUCAGUCGUAAAACCGAAGAAAACUUCACUCCCUCGCCCCCCUCCCUUCUCAAUCCCAGCCGAUCUCCAGCCUCUCCUCCGAUCUGCGGUAGCGGUCGCGGUCGCCGAAGCCAAUGGCGAGAGCGGGAGGCAUAACGAACGCGGUGAACGUGGGCAUCGCGGUGCAGGCCGACUGGGAGAACCGCGAGUUCAUCUCCCACAUCUCCCUCAACGUCCGCCGCCUCUUCGACUUCCUCGUCCAAUUCGAAGCCACGACCAAGAGUAAGUUGGCAUCGUUGAAUGAGAAGCUCGAUCUCUUGGAGCGUCGUCUGGAGCUGCUCGAAGUCCAAGUGGGUACUGCAUCAGCCAAUCCAGCCCUUUUUAACCCUUGAAAAGCUGGUCUGAUGGCAUCUUCCAAAGAAGUGCUUACUAGACACUAAUCAUAGCCUUUUUGUGAUGGAAUUACUCUGAACCAUCUCACGCUCAUAUGAGGUCGUCAAUGAAUUGCCUUGGCGAAAUUUUGAGAGACACAACAGCAGAAUGAUGUUACUCUUGAACGGACGUGUGUUUUCAACAUCUCAAGUUGAAUGCUUGUUAGGAUUUGGUACAUCAUCAUUCAAAGGAGUAACUUCUGUCUUCAAGGUGCAAACUAAAUGAGGAAUUUGCUUGGCUGGAUAAAUUGCUUCUACAAGCAAUCUUAGAAUUUGUGUUUUGUCUCACUUUGGUGUUAGCGGUACCAUAACAGUUGUACUCUCCUCAAACUCUCAGGGCCCCCCUCGUGCAUGGGACUACACUGGCGCUUCGUUUCUUUUGAAUUUCACUUCUGAUUUGUUUCCUGUACUUGCAACUUUUGAUCUCUUUCCAGAAUUGGCUUUUGUCUUCUGCCUUGAGCUUCGGAUCAAGGAAUUUGCAAGAAGUUUGUAAUUUUUGAUUGUC